AUCUUUUAUGCACAUUAAGAUGAGAUUUAGAAUUGAAACAUUUCCCACACUCAGGACAGGAAUACGGCUUCUCUCCUGUGUGAGAUCUUUCAUGACUAUUAAGAUCGGAUUUAUACUGGAAACAUUUCCCGCACUCAGAACAGGAAUACGGCUUCUCCCCCGUGUGAGAUCUUUCAUGCCUAUUAAGAUCGGAUUUAUUUCGGAAACAUUUCCCGCACUCAGUACAGGAAUACGGAUUCUCCCCCGUGUGAGAUCUUUUAUGCCUAUUAAGAUCAGAUUUAUAUUUGAAAACAUUUUCCGCACUCAGAACAGGAAUACGGCUUCUCUCCCGUGUGAGAUCUUAUAUGUUCAUUGAAUUUAGAUUUAGAUUGGAAACAUUUCCCGCACUCAGGACAGGAAUACAGCUUCUCUCCCGUGUGAAAUCUUAUAUGCACACUAAGACCGGAUUUAUAACGAAAAUAUUUCCCGCACUCAGGGCAGGAAUAAGGCUUCUCUCCUGUAUGAUAUCUUUAUAUGCACAUUAAGACCGGAUAUAUAACGGAAACAUUUCCCGCACUCAGGACAGGAAUAUGGCUUCUCUCCCCGUAUGAUAUCUUAUAUGCACAUUAAGACCAGAUUUAUAACGGAAACAUUUCCCGCACUCAGGACAGGAAUGUGGCUUCUCCGCUGUGUGAGAUCUCUGAUGUAUGAGAAGUGUUGAUUUUCCUACAAAACCUUUCCCGCACUCAGUACAGGAGAACCUCUUCCCUGUUGGAAGUCUGAGGUUCCUCAGGAUACGA